AUGAAGCCGGCCGUCUGGCUGUUGCUGUUCUGCACUUUUCUCAAUUACUCUGAAGGUAGUAAGUGUACUUUCUUUAUUCGGAAACAUAUUAUUAGUGUGAAUAGUAACUACUGUUCAAUGAGUUCUGAAAUGUGAUAGUUUAGUUCAAUAGAGAUUCUAGCAAAAGGGAUCUUUGACAGUUCUCGUGAUAAGUUCACGGGAUACUGUAGUUGUGAUAAAGAGACAGUGAGAGUGAUAGAUGUCAAGACGGAGAUAAGGAAUCAAACAAUUAGUCUGCCGGUUACCGUAAUCCGUUCCUUCAGGAAGAUCCAAUGGAGAACCAAUCGGUGAAAAGGAUCUGGACAAAGUUCGACUCGAUCAGAAAGGAUUCGAAAAGGUAUUCACCGAAAGGAGAAAGAGUCGCAACGACAGUUUUCAGAUAAAAACGAUCCACACAAACUGGUACGUGCAUUCGCUGAAAGCACUGAUUGCCCAGCUGUCCCGAAAUCUUCUGCCGAGACUUUCCGACGGUAUUUACGCAUUCGCACUUCGAUCUCGAUUCAUUUGAAUUCUUUUCAGAAACCAAGAGUGAGUUUAUGGAGUGUCUUUCGAAAGUUCACGACAAAAAAGAUCUUGUCGAAUCGUCGAAAUGCGUGAUGCAGGCUCGUGAGAAGUACGAUGUCGAGAAGAAGUGGCUGCCAAAAAGGUAAGAAAUAUGCUGGCUUGGCCGGCGCGCUUGGCGGGCGCGCUUGGCCGGCGCAGGCGGGAGCGCUGUUUGGUUUCCGUACGUGCCGUGCGAUGAAUGUUUGGAUAAGUUUCGGCUGAUUCUGAUUGAUGACACAUUGAAUAUGCUGAGCACUUCACUUUUUAACUUUUCUUGCAGAACGAAGACGAGAAUUGAAUCCCCUCGCAAAGAGAGGAAGAAGAUCAGCUUAAAACGGAUGGAAAUCAAAAAACAACUUCAAAAAGAGUUUCCCGAAUUCACGAGAGAAAUCACGACGGACAAAGUGGCACUGUGGGAAGUGAAGAAGAAGAAGCACAGAACAGUCGAGAAGUGGAAUUCGCAGAAGAAGGCGCUCCUGGAGAAGAAGAGAAAGUCUCUGGAAAAAGCAAAGAUUCUGAGGAACGCCUACCGGGAAGUGAUGGGAAACCAGGAAGCGGUCAGCGAGAGGAUGAGGGAAUGGAAGAACGAGAAGAAGAUGGAACUUCUGAAGAAGAGAGUGAAUGAAAAGAAGGAAGAUCUGAUAGCCGAGUUCAAGAAAAAGUGGAGGAGCAAGAGACUCGGAAAGUCUGAGCAGAACGGUGGAUGGGCGAAAAGAACGAAGAGAAGUUUGCGAAGACUCGUGGUGGAUUCGGUCUCGAAGAGCGAUUCGGAUGGCUUCUUCGUGAAGACAAUGGACAGAAUGCCGGCGCUGAAAACGAAAACAAAGUCACCAGUGGAGAGAGUGACCGGAUUGCUCAGGGCAUUUUUCACGAAUCAGACCGCAGAGUGAGUUCGAUUUCGUUUUCUGAAGCACCUACCGAUUCUUUUGCAGAGAUCCCACGUGGACAGACACCUACAAAGCGCUGAUCAAUUUGAAAAGGAAAAUGGACGAAAAGGAAAAGGAGUCGGGGGCUCGUGUCUACAAUCAAAGGAUGUACGAUCUGGUGUUGGACCUGCCAGGGACCGAUGAUUUUGGAGUGUUUGAGAAGGUAAGCGAGCAUAUCCGAUUGGAAUGAGAAUGAGCGGAUCGAACUUCAGAAGAAGAUGCCGAGUAUGGUGAGCCAAGCGUUUGAUCUGAUGAAUGCGCUCGAACGGAACAGCAAGCGGAAGGGCGACUCGAACAUCAAGAUACUCAGGUACUCAGGGGCCCAUUUACUUCUCGCUCCAACUGGUAGCCCCGCCCCCUCGCUCGUUCGAUCUCUGCAUUUUUGAUUGUUUCAUCUCGCCGCCGCGCCACGAGUGAUUUGCAAGACAAAUCGGAGAUAAUCGAAGACAAAAGAGAGGGCAAAGGUGUAAUGUUAUGAUAAGCGAACGGCAGGGCACCAGCGUGAUAUGAGGCAAAAUGCAGGUUUUGACACCUUUCACUUUUCGAUGAUGGUGGUGUUUGGGAGACGAACACGGCGCUUUUGAUACAUUUUGGAGUGGUUCGGGGGAUCAGCAGAGAUAUGAGGAAUUUAGAUUGUUAGAAGAAUUAGGGAAGAAUGUCAGCGCUCACAGUUACUAAGAUCUCUACAAAAUACUCUUCCAGUCCCGCUUCGCUGCGGUGAUGCCCGACAAAAACGAGAAUCGCGGGAAGCUGUCGCCGUCGAUCCUUUCGUUCUACAACGACGAGUCGGAAGAUCAGAUACUUCCAUUGCCGAAGGUGAGAAGUUCAAAAGAUUGACAUCACAUUAUCACCGUAUCCUCAUGAUCAUCUUUUCCAUCAUGUUAACAUCCAUUACAUCCUUCAUUCAGAUGCUGGAUGCGACUGGAAUGCGGGGAAAAGACCGAGACAGCAUAAUCGAGUUGGUGAUGGAAGUGUCCGGAGUGAAGGGAAUCGUGCAUGAUGCGAUGAAGAUGCUCAAGUCGACCGACAUGCCGGAGCUCGAUUUCGCCAUCAACGACAAUGCGAAGAAAUCGCUUCAGAUGGUGCAGGACAUUCAGAAGUCGUACAAUCGGAAGCAGAAGAAGGAAAUGAGAAACACCGGAUUCACUCUGCUCGAUCCGAAACAAAUGGAAAAACUAAUGACAGAGCAAGGAAUCGGCGGCAGAGAUGACAUUUUCAAUCUGAAAGAGUACGCAAUGAUGACGAUGUUGGAGAGGAAAGAGAUGGUGUGGGAUAUGGUCAGAAGCAUUGCGUACGGAGUUACCGGAAUGGUUAGUCGAGGGGAAUUCAAAUAGAAUGGAACAUCAUUUCAGAAAGUGAAUGCCAACUCGACAAUGAGUCGUGUGAAGCGUCAGUCUUCCGUCUGGGGACCUCAUAUUCUGAACCCAACAGUCUUGUCGCCCAUCCUGUUCACUCCGAUCUACGGUCUCAAUGUGCUCGGCCCAACUGUGAGUUCCUUCCAACGCCGUCCCCCCGAUCGAAACCGAUUCCUUCCAGGUGCUCUCUCCCGGUCUCUUCACCCCGCUGAUCCUGAAUCCAGCCGUCCUCUCGCCGUACGUCUUCUCGCCCACCGUCGUCAUUCCCUUCAUCCUCUCCCCAUACGUCCUCUCCCCUUACGUGUUCUCCCCGCUUAUCAUGGCUCCAUUCAUCCUCAACCCCUACGUCCUUUCGCCCAACGUCUUCAACCCUACGUGCUCUCCCCUCUGGUACUUUCUCCUCUGGUUCUCUGUCCUGACGUGGUCUCCCCAAUGA